UUGGGUAAAAUAUAUAGUUAAGAGUCUUGGUUCCUUGGACUUCUAAAAUAGUUGCCAUGAGUUCCUUGGUGAAGCUUCGUUUGCUUAUUUUUUUAGCAGUAGCUCUCAUUGUAGUUGCCGAGAGUCGCAGAACAAUACCAAUGAAAGAGGAGGAAAUGGAGCCGGUGAGAUUACUCAACUAUAUCAAUAAACCUGCAAUCAAGAGCUUCCAGACUGAACAUGGUGACAUAUUGGAUUGCAUCGACAUUAAUAAGCAGCUAGCCUUUGAUCAUCCUCUGCUCAAGAGCCAUUCUAUUCAGUUGAGGCCUACAACCAUACCUAAAUGGACCAUAAAUAACAACAUCUCUCAAAAAUCUGAUUUUCUGCCGUUUGGACAAGAUGGGAUAAGUUGUCCACUUGGGACAGUGGUUGUUAAGAGGACCACAAUGGAAGAUCUUACACAAGCUCAGCGUUUGAAAUCCACCGGAUUCAAGCAUUCAAGAUAUGUUUCUUCGAAGGGCAAGAACAUUGAUUUAACUGGUUUUCAUUUUGCCGUGGGUGAGUACAGAUAUUACCAUUAUGGAACAAAGGCAAACCUUAACAUCUGGGAGCCACAAGUUUCACCCACUCAAUUCAGUCUUGCAAGUAUUGUUGUCGCCAGAGGCUAUAAAGAACAGUUUCAAGGCAUUAGAGCUGGAUGGAUAGUAUACGAAUGGCUGAACCGGAAUCACAGUCGCUUAUACACCUACUGGACUGCAGAUGGAUUUACCAAGACAGGUUGCUACAAUAUACUAUGUCCCGGUUUUGUACAACUGAGUCCCAAAAUCCCACUCGGCUUCCUUCUUCAACCAGUUUCUGAAUACCGUGGCCAACAAUAUGAACUAGGGAUCACCAUCUAUCAGGAUGGUAUGACAGGAAAUUGGUGGUUGUUGGUUUUCGAUGAAAUUGUUGGAUACUGGCCAAAAUCAUUGUUCACAAAAGCAGGCUUAGGCGAUGGAGCAAGUUUGGCAUCGUAUGGAGGAGAAGUAUACAGUCCAGUGAAUGAGAAGAGCCCAAGCAUGGGAAGUGGGCAUUUCCCAAGUGAAGGUCACUCGAAGGCAGCCUAUGUGAAUGGUAUUCGAGUGGUCGAUGAUAUUGGAGGCAAAGCUUCGUGGCCAUCACUAUUUUCUAUAAAGACGUUCUCAAGCACCCCAAAAUGGUACAAAGCAAAAAAGUAUGAGAACGACGCUAUCUUUUAUGGAGGACCAGGAGGUUGCACAUGUGGUUAACAUCUCUUCUUAUUAAGUUUCCUCUGUUUUUUCAGUUCAAGUUAAAAAAAAAUAAAUAAAACGGAUGUCUGCUUUUGAAGCUUCUAUCGUGAGAUUUAACAUAUAUACAAAUAUCACAAUCAUUGACUAUG